AGUGAGGGGUUAACGUGUAAUAGGAUGAAUGGAUAUUGUGGCGAGCAGCGUCUGAUUACAAGCCGGAGAGGACAGUCACGGUUGUGGAGGGAGGGCGUUUGGGUAUCGAACACUGUAAACAUAGCGGUGAGCACAUUAUUUCAUUUUAGACUCUCAUAUAUUUGUUUUUUUAGCGUUUUACCGACAUCGACGUCGCUAACUAGCAACUUAAAUCCGGGUAUUAUUGAUGUAAACAUGGCGGACGGGAGUACAACUUGGAAUAUGUUGAAAUGAAGACUUAACUUUUGGAACAAAAACUCGGCUUUUAACAUCUGAUUGUUGAAGACUUCGACCCCGGGAAGGAGGCACAUCGGCGGCCAGGUGGAUUUUUACUGCUCGGUUGCUCCUCCAGAACGGAGUUAUCGAUACAGGCUUUUUUUCCUCCCGCUCCGCUGUCUCUCAGGCCUGACGAGACAUCCUUUGGGACGUCUGUCCAUAUCUAUCUUUGUCUCUGUGAAGGUUCAACCCGAGCUGCCACCAUUCCGUGCUGUAAGGCCGACCGCAAAAUGUCUUCCGACGGGGACCUGAGUAGCCUUGGAAGCUGCGAUAGCUUCUGGGAGCCAGGAAACUACAAGAGAACAGUGAAGCGGGUCGACGACGGCCACCGACUCUGCAACGAGCUGGUCAGCUGCUUCCAGGAACGCGCCAAGAUCGAGAAAAGCUACGCCGUGCAGCUGAGCGACUGGGCCAAAAGGUGGAGAAGUGUGGUUGAGAAAGGGCCUCAGUACGGUACCCUGGAGAAGGCGUGGCACGCCUUCAUGCAGGCCGCCGAUCGGCUCUGCGAGCUCCAUCAAGAACUGCGCGACCGGCUGGCGGGAGAAGACAGUGAAAAGGUGCGAAACUGGCAGAAAGAAGCCUUCCACAAGCAGAUGAUGGGAAGUUUCCGGGAGACCAAGGAGGCGGACGAUGGCUUCCGUAAAGCCCAGAAACCUUGGGUUCGCAAAUUAAAAGAGUUGGAGUCGAGUAAGAAGAGCUACCACCAGGCCAGGAAGGAGGAGUGGACAGCGAUUAAUCGGGAAACGCACGCUAAGGCCGACCCGUCCAAGUCUCAGGAGGAAGUACGCAAGUACACGACCCGGGUGGAGCGCUGCAACCAGGAGGCUGAAAAAGCCAAGGAGCGUUAUGAAAAGGCCCUGGAAGAACUGAACCGCUGCAACCCGCGUUACAUGGAGGACAUGGAACAGGUGUUUGACCUCACCCAGGAAGCUGAGCGCAAGAGGCUCUUCUUCUUUAAGGAGGUCCUGCUGGACGUCCAUACGCACCUGGACCUGUCCGCCAAAGAAGGUUUCAGACAGCUGUACCAGGACCUGGGUCAGACCAUCCGAGCGGCUAACGAAGCGGAAGAUCUGCGAUGGUGGAGGAACACCCAUGGGCCAGGCAUGAGCAUGAAGUGGCCACAGUACGAGGAAUGGACUCCAGAGACCGGUCGAUCAAUCAGCAGGAAGGAGCGAGGCGCUCAAUCGGACGACAACGUAGUCACCCUCACCAACAUUGUGACCUCAGGGGGGGACAACGUCCCACCCAGCCCCGUCACCCAAAAUGCCACCACCAGGGUUGCAAAAGACUACUCGUCCGAUUGGUCGGAUGACGACAACCCGAAGAAGGUGGUGGUAAACGGUGUCGGAGAAGCCGAAGCCAAAGAGGAGCAGGUAGAGGGGGUGCGAGUCCGAGCGCUCUAUGAUUACACGGGUCAGGAGGGUGACGAGCUCAGCUUCAAAGCAGGAGAGGAGCUGCUGAAGCUGGGUGAGGAAGACGAGCAGGGCUGGUGUAAAGGUCAGCUGACCGACGGUCAGGUGGGUCUCUAUCCCGCCAAUUACGUCCAACUCACCGAUUCCUGAUGACCCGCCCUCUUCUACGACUUCCUCUUCUUCUUCUUCUUCUUCUUCUUCUUCGUCACCUCGCCACCGCCAACGGUACACCUUAGACUCGAGACCAAGACCAUGUCUAUCAAAGCAGACCCCACUAGUGGAUUUACUCACCGAUACUCAAUCAUUGAGUUUUUUUUUUUUUUCAAUUUUUUUUCUUUUUUUUUUUUUUUAUGUCGAGCACAUUUCAGUUUUUGCGAACACUAAGGGGGGAAAAACUCGGUUUUGGAGUUUUUAUUUUUUUUGUUUUUGUUUUUUAUUCGCAAAUCACUAAACCGUGUGUAACCGCGCAAACUGUGAAUAUUUUUAUUUACGGUUAGACACGUUCAUGUUUUAUUCUUAAAAAUAAUAAGAAUUUAAAAAACAUUAAAAAAAUAAAUUAAUAAAUAUAUAAAAAAAUUAUAUAAAAAAUAAAAAAUAUAUAAUAAAUAAAUAAAUAAUAAAAAAAAAAUAAUUUACAUGUUCCUUCUCUUCGCUUGGUGUGGGCGACGUGAUGCUACUAGCGGUGCCAAGCUAAGCUAUCCUGCUGCAUAGUUUUAUGAAAUGCUCUAAUAUAGUAUAUUCCUUAUUAUUCUUUAAAUGAGCUCAUGUAAAAAAAAUAUAUAUAUAUAUAUAUAUAUAUUUAUAUAUAUGUAUAAAACCAAAUAAGUAUUUUAGGUGAAGUUUAUGAAUUCACCAAUAGAUUUCUUUAUGUUUGUCGCUUUUCCCGGUGGCCGAAAAUGGAACUGCAUGUAGGUUAUAAUGACAGAACUGCUUUGCAGUGCAGAGGGAUUUGAACCAUCAACCGGGCGAGGGCACACUGUAUUUCCAAACGCAAACGUUUUUAUUUGGGAUGUUAGCAGGAUGUUUAUUUUUUUUUAGCGUCAUUUUUUUUUUUUUUUUUUUAGAUAUGUUAGCUUAACGUUACGAGGCUCGUUGUUGUUUUUUUUAAUUAUUAUUAUUAUUAUUAUUUUACUCAUGUAUAAAUAUGCUUUUCGGAUUUUCCUGUUAAAUUUAGCAACGCCGGGGACUCGGAUUCAGAGCAUGAAGCACGCACGCACACACGCGUCUUUUUAUGUUUUGAGGUUUUUGCAUGUUUUACGUUCAUAUGAGGCUAGCUUGCGAUUGCUAGCUCGAGCUCCCUUUUUUUUUUGAGUGUUUUUUCCUUUUACUUUGCCCAAAUUGUCAACUGUGCAGCUCAUAAAAAAGGUUGUCAAUUCCAAUGUUCUUUUUUUUUUGUCAUUUACUCGCACUGACUUACUUACUCACGGUGCAACAAAAACAACACAUUUGACAGCAAGUAAUCUAAACACAACACACUGACCACGCGGGUUAUUAAAACAUACUCUUACACAAUAAUAUACAUGCAAAAGAGCGCUAAGCCGACAGGAAGUUACCCAGCAUACCUUGCGGGUUAUGAAUGAGUAUAAUAAUUAACAUGCAUAUUUUAGAUAUCCGACUACUGUUAAUGCUGCAUUAAAAUGCAUGUGAAUUGCAUGGAUUUUUAUUUUUUUUUUUAAGAAAUCUGCAAGAAAUCGAGGCAAACUUAAGAAAAUGUGAAGACAUUUUUUUAUUUUUUUUUAUUAAAUUAACAUUUUUUAAUCUGUACAGCAAAAUGAAAUGUCACAAUAAUUCUCUUCCAUUUUCAUAUUUCACCAAAUAACCUGAAAACAAGACGCGGUAUAUUUGCCUAUAAAUAGAGAAUGGCUAUUUUUUUUAUUUGGCUUUUAUUUUGGACUUGUUCAGAUUGGACUUGUGCAGCCUG